AUGAAUGUGCCAUACUACUAUGACACACAGCUUUCAAUUGUCUACGCGUCAUACUUAACCAUGACAAUUUCCGUUAUCAUGUCUCUGUGCUUUAUCGCAUUUUAUUUAAAGAAAGGUCGAAGCUUCCCGUGCAAAUGUCGUAAGUGCACAAAGCAAGCACUACCAAACUGGAAGAAGCCAAUGACAUUGAAGCGUUUUGUUUUUCUCAUCUUUUUCGCUUUCAUGUUAUACGUCACUUUCGUAUUCAACAAGUGGCGCAUCGUUUACUCUACUCCGUCCGGGUUCCCAUACAACCCAUUUACAGUGUUGAAUUUAACAACAUCAUCAAAUCUCCUUUCUGUUGAGCAGCGAUAUUACGAAAACACAAUCAAAUACAUGCUCGGUAAAAUGACUCCGACUCAUCAUCGAAAUUAUAUGCAACAGACAGCGGCAUUUGCUCUCAUUAAAAACGAAGAGUCAUUUACUCAAUGGAAAAAGCAGUUCGAGCAACCAUCACAAAAUGUUAUUGCACUUCCAUUCUUUUUAUCCCCAUAUUCAAACCCAAUGUACUUCAUAUUCAUGGCUUACAACACAAUUAUCUUUCUUGUCUUCCCACUUCUUGUUGUUGUGUUGUACUUCUUUUUAAAAAAAUAUCAACUCAUCACAAGAGAACGGCCUUACAAACAACACAACGUCAAAGAAGUAUUAGACAUGUCUUUGACAAACUAUGUUUCAUUACAAGAUCUGCUCAAUUAUUUAUGUCACUCAAAUGUUAUAACGCGUGGCAUCGAUAUCGAAUCGGAAGAUGAACUCGCACUUUCAAUUUUACUUGCUCAACUCCCACAAGACUCCUUUUACCGCAUUCCUCAAGACCUCGAAAAACGCUCUUUUAAAGCUUAUGUGAUGAUCCUCUGUUAUUUGACACGCACAAAAAUGCCAAGAUAUAUGGAAGAAAAUUUGGCUCGCGUCAUUCCUUUAUUCCAAUCGGAAGCUCUUGAAAUUGUUGAUUACUUUUAUGAGCGACAAAACUUGGAUGCGGUUGUUCUUGCGGUUCGUGUUGGUCAAAUGAUUUACCAAGCGUGUACUCCACACACUGAUUUUUUUCAACUUCCAGACUUCGAGACAAACCAAAUUCCAUUAAUGAAGAAGAUAACAACAGUAUCUCUGUCCACUCUUCAACCUUUCGAACGACAACAAAAGCUACAAGAAAUUUGUUCAUCUUCCACACAACUUGCGCUCUGGAAAAACUACUUGAUGUUCUUUCCAGGUAAUUUGGAAGUCGACAUGUCGAACGUGGACAUCUACCGACUUGUUCCAACUGACACCUUAAAUUAUGUUGUUGAUGUCGAAAUAAUUAUACGUCGUCCUCCUAUAUUUUUCGAAUACACACAAUUUUUCGACAAAGAGACAAACAAAUUAGUAGGAACCCAAGAAAUUCCAGUGGAGUAUUCUGAUGUACCUGUUCACACCCCUUAUACUGGAAAGAACACCCUCGAACGUUUUUUUCUAUUUGUAGAAAUAGAGGGGACUACCGUCGCGUUUCACAAAAAAGUGUUGAACAUACCCUUCUCAGCAUCUCCUAUUAAAGUUGUAUUUUCGACUCAUAUCCACAGUGGGGUGUCAACAAUAAAGUUUUGGGCGUAUCUUGUUUCCGAGUGUUACAUUGGUUGUGAAUAUUGUCUUAAAAAGACAGUGAAAUUGGUUGAAGCAUAA